AUGGUGCAGCCCACGACCCAUAUGUGGAUGAAACCCGCGCCAAAGUUUCUGCAGCGAUUCUCUGAGUUGCGUUCCGGAAUCAAAGAUGUAUCUAGCCUACGCACAUGCACUUAUCCCGAUAACGAUGACGAUUCCGUUUUGAAUAGAGAAAAAGCAAAAAAAACACUCACUAACGCUUCUGGACUGAGUACCCACGUAUGCAGAGCUCUCGGCGAUAAAACUUCGGCUCUUAACGCCGUCGGUGACAGGAUACGCGCGAUUAAUGCGUUUGGAGACAGAACGGAUGCGAUGAAUGCUCGAGGCGACAAGAAACGGAUACAAUGCCCCACCUUUCCGUGUUGUCAGCGUCCUUCUCCGGUUUCUGACGAAGAUGACAAGAAUCUAUUUGGUUACUGCUCUCACCACCAUAUUAAAUUCAAAUUCAUACCAGCUCUCGUGCCUUGGCAAGGUCGUGUGUACGAACGUAUGAUCAAGUUUUUCGAGGUCACUUUUAAAGCUGCUAUCAGGAACACCAAAGUGGAACUGGAAGAAUUCUCUACAUCAGCAAAGGAAUGCGAAGCGAUUGUAAAUUGUGGACCAAUCACUUACGAUUACAACGACAUCGACUCGGGAUAUCCACUACGACCGUCUUCGGGCUUUCUCCUCAUUGGACAGAUUUCCCAAUCUUGUGGUGUUAAUCCCACUGUACAACUGAUCUGUAAUACAAAA